AAAAGAAGAAAAUACCAGCGCUCUGUACAGCGUCAAGAGCAACCAAGAGAGCAUGAAGAAAACGUGUGGAGAUUUGGAGCGAGUUUCAAAAAUAAAUAUUGUGCGCCAAAUCAGAAUAUAUAAAAAAACAAAUUGUAAUCAUAAUAUAGAUAUAUCACACAGUUAAAAAAAAUCGAAUGUGCCUUUCAGUAUUUUUGUGACUAUAAAUUAAUAAACAUAAUUUUCCAAUUCGCUCAAAAUUUGCACAUCCAUAUACAUAGAGCGUUGAAAUGUCUACUACCAGCAGUCCACCACGCUGUAAUUGUUGUGAUGAAGUUAUGGAGGAACUUCUAUCUAUGCGUUUAAGUUUUGAGAAGUUAUUUUAUCGAAUAAGAAAGGAAAUUGUUGGUUUAAGACGUGAAGUUGUCGAUGUAUUGGUGGGUAGUACUGAAACAAAGGAUUCACACACAACUAGUGUAUCUUUUGAAGUAUUAGAUGUUAAUAAGAGUAGGAGUCAUAAUGAUAAAUCAGAACCUGCGAUUCGCAUAGACAACAAUGAAUCGGAUAAUGUUGAAAGUGUAAAAACAAAAAAAGCGAAAUCAUCUGAUGCACCCCAAGCCAAAGACAAUUUUAUUAAAGAAAAGGAACGUGUGGAGCCGGGCUUAAUUGUGGCCACGCCAAGACCAGUUUUAGAUUUCUUCAAUUUACAAGCUCGAGUUAUGCCUACGCAACCAUUUAGAGAAGCGCAGCAAUUCGAAGAUUGGAACAUACUUUUAAGAAACGACGAAGAUCAAAGGGAUCAACUUCGUGUAGAACUGAUGCAAAGCAACUUUAAAGAACCGGAAAAAUAUAUUAUACAAACUUGGCGCAAUAUCUUCCAUAAUGAUGCUGCCCAGCAUUACUCAUUUAGAGGUACUGGCAGGAAUAAGCGUGCAAUAAAAGAUUAUAUUUUUACAGAUAUUUUCAAAGAGGUUUUCUUACAACGUUUUCAACACAUGGAUACCGAAUUUUUCAUAGAACGAACAAUGCGUUUCUUUAAAUAUGUACGGGAUCAAAGACGAAAAGCAGCAUUAAAGCAGCGAAAACUUCAAGAAAAAGAAGCUGCGACACCCACUGCAGUUGUACAAGAUUCAAUGGAUGAUGAAUAAUUGAAAGGUGCUAAUUAUCUGUACUGAAUUAAACCAACCUACACAGUCUUCCCAUGGUGGCAUAGAUAUGCAUGAUGAUAACAUGAUAAUACUCUUUAUAUACCUCAUUUUUAUGAUUUUUUGCAGAGUGCACUUGAAAUAUUGUUUGUAGAUUGUAAAUAAGCAAAACACUUUAUUAACUAAAUAGAUACAUAUGUAUAUUUGUGAUAAUAUAUGUAUGCACGUAGAUACUUUCAAAAUGCAAUGCCUGGAUACAUUCCCAAAAUAAAAACAUUUAUAAGUACAUUUUGAUGACUACAGAAUUAAGAAUUUUCAAGGGUAAUCAUUAA